AAUAUAGAAAGCACGUUUCUCGUUUCAAUUGGCUCUUCUCGUUGGCCCUGUGUAUGGGUUCUGGAUUAUCCACGUAUUCCGGGGGCCAAACUGUCGUGCAAACGAAUCCUUUGACUUUUGCGUGAUUGAUUUUAUGAUUUUGUACCCACACCGGAGCAUAUUCGUAAAGCUACAACUUAUCUCCACAAUUGUUGCUAAGGUGACUUAUGCACUAAGGAUAACAACUAUAUUUUCGUUUGAGCGCAUUGAUUCGAAACCCUUAUCUCGUUCUGAUGAGAUGUGACUUUAAUGGUGUCUUAUAAUACGCUACGCCGUGGCUGGUGCUAUUGCUUUUUCAACUGUAAAGUGAAGCAAAAAAGUGUUGAAAUCUACAAACACAUGACGCUAUCAACGCAACUCGUAAUGACGGAGACAAAUCGUAAUUCAGACAAGAUGACCACGGUGAGGCCGUUUCGCUGCCGAGACCUACUCACCUAUAACAACGUUAAUUUAGAUGUUCUGACGGAAACCUAUGGCGUAUCAUUUUAUUUGACCUAUCUUGCUAGAUGGCCGGAAUACUUCCAGGCGCUUGAGAGUGUCAAUGGCGAUCUAAUGGGCUAUAUUAUGGGCAAAGCGGAAGGCUUCGUGAAUAACUGGCAUGGACACGUAACAGCGUUGAGUGUGGCUCCUGAGUAUCGCCGUCUGGGGUUGGCGAAUAAGCUAAUGGACAUCCUUGAAGAGAUUUCCGAGCACAAGGAAUGCUACUUUGUCGACCUGUUCGUACGACAAUCGAAUACGAUCGCCAUUGACAUGUAUAAACGACUUGGUUAUAUUAUCUAUCGAAGAGUAAUAGGGUACUAUUCUUCAUCCGGUUCAAAUCCAGACGAAGACGGUUUUGACAUGCGGAAAGCGCUCAGUAAGGACGUGAAUCGGCAAUCAGUAAUUCCGCUCACGAAACCGGUGCGCCCAGAAGAUCUUGAAUAAUAAAGACAACAAUUUGACGAUGUGGAAAAGCCAAAGUAAUUAGGAUAGGUUUAAAACAACAACAAAAUGGACUUGCGGCAAUGACAAGCGGCUCUCUUCGAGUCAUUUUCUGCCUAAACUGUAUCGGGUUAGUAUUGGGACUAUAUCAAUGAGGCGCGUAAAAUUUCUUUGUCUCUGCGAUCCCUGCGGAUGCCUUUUCAAAAAGUAACUAAGAGCGUCCUACUACAAGGAAAACGAAAUUUAUUCCUGCUGGUGGGUGUACAUACGCAGUAAAAUGGAUCAAGUUUUUGCUGUUAUAUAUGUUAUUUACACCAAUAAAGGGUCGGUAUGAUUCAAGUUG